GUCGCACAGCACUUGUCUCCGGCACUCUGUUGGUUGUGACAUUGCAUUUGAACCACACGGGAUCCAGUCAAAGUCUGCUUUAAGCAAAGUUUCCGGGCAGGAGAAGUCUUCAUCCCACGAAAGGCGCACAAGAGGCACGUCUUAAACCACUGUCGAGGAAUCUAAGACACAGAACCCAAAGAACAUGAUGUCAAUGUAAUUGCAGAGGUGCUUCGGCCGCAGAUGAUUGCUCACCCAUGGCGAAUGAUCCUGCCAUCAACCUCUCAAAUUGUGCUGCCUGUGUGCCGGAAUUGCACAAACGCAAUCAGUUAGUACACGCCCAUUUCCUGACCUCACACAUCAGCUCAAAUGGCUUUCGCAACGAUCUGCCAUGGUUGAGUGGUUUCCUUUUCUCUUAGGUUGCGCACAGUUCGUUAAGGAAAGCUUGCGGUCAGGAGACGCCUGCAUCUCACGGCAGGCGCACGCCCGCAGCGUUUAUUGGCAUGUCCUACACCACUACCGAGGAAUCUAAGACACAGAACCCAAAGAAGAUGAUAUUGAUGUCACCUGCAUCAACCUCUUAAAUGGUGAGGUCGGUCUUGUCUGCAAGCCGGCUUGCCUGCGUGCUGGAAUUGGACAAAUGCAAUCAAUUGGUAUAUGUCCCAUUUCUGACCUCACGCACCAGCUCAAAUGGCGUUCGCAAUGUUCGACAAGAGCUGGUUGCCAUUGCUGAAUGGUUCCCUUUUGCCCUGGUCGCACAAGGUCCGUUAAGGAAAGCUUGCGAGCAGGAGGAGCCUUCAUCCCACGACAAGCGCAAGCCCUCAGCGUUUGGAGGCACGUCCUACACCACUGCCGAGGAACCUAAGACACAGAACCCAAAGAGCAUGAUGUCAAUAUUUUUGCAAAGUCGGUUCGCCCGCUGGCCUAGCCACGCAAGCUUUUAAGUCAAGCUCACCAAUGGCGCAUGAUUCAACCUCGAAAAUUUUUGAUCGGUCGUGUCUUCAAGCCAGCUUGCCUGCGUGCCGCAAUGGUACAAAGGCAAGCAAUUAGAAUAUGCCCAUUUCCUGACCUCAAACACCAGCUCAAAUGGCUUUCGCUGUUGAGUGGUUCUCUUUUGCCCCGGGCUUCAUACGGUCCCUUAAGCAAAGCGACAAAAGGCGUCAAACCGCUGCGGUUAGAGGCACGCCCUACGUCAAAGUCUUGGAUUCUAAAAAGAACAUGAUCUCAAGAUAUGUGCAGAGGUGCUUUGGCCGCAGGCUUGCCAAGCCUUUAAUCCAAGCUCACUUGGCGCAUGAUCCCGCGUCGGUCUUGUCUUCAAGCCAGCUUGCCUGACUGCCAGAAUUUUGCAAAGGCAAUCAAUUUGCAUAUGUCCAACUUCUGACCGCACGCACCAGGUCAGUUGGCUUUCGUAAUGAUUGAUAAGAGCUGGUUGCCAUUUUUGAGUGGUUCCCUUUUGCCCUAGGUUGCGCACAGUUCGUUAAGGAAAGCUUGCAAGAGACGCCUGCAUCCCACAGCAGGCGCAAAACCGCUGCGUUUGUAGGCACGCCCACGUCACAAGCUUAGAUGACCUCAAGAUCUUUGCAGAGGUGCUUCGGCCGCAGCUGGCCUGGCAAGCUUUUAACUCAAGCUCACCCAUGGUUAAUGAUCUUGACCAUUCCUGAUUCCAUCUGAUUGCCUGCAUUGCAAGAGCACCUUACCUGAAAGUCAGGUGUGGGCAAGACAAGAGUCGUGAGAAUGCAUAUUCAGUCCAGAUACUAUUGCCCCAUUACAGCCGAGGAAUCUAAGACACAGAACCCAAAGAGCAUGAUUUCAAUGUACUUGCAGAGGUGCUUCGGCCGCACUUGGCUUGGCAAGCUUUCAACCCAAGCUCACCCAUGGCGCAUGAUCCUGCAUCAACCUCUUGAAAUGUAAGGUCGGCCUUGCCUUCCAGCCAGCUUGCCUGCGUGCUGGAAUUGUACAAAGGUAAUCGUAUAUGUCCAAUUCCCCACAAGGGCUGGUUGCCAUUGAAAGGCGCCAAACAGCUGCGUUUAGAGGCACGCCCGCAACACAAGCUUAGAUUCUGAAAAAGAACAUGACCUCAAGAUCUUUGCAGAGGUGCUUCGGCCGCAGCUGGCCUGGCAAGCUUUUAACUCAAGUCAUGGCGCGUGAUCUUGACCAUUCGUGACGCCAUCUGAUUGCCUGCAUUGCGAGAGCACCUUACCUGAAAGUCAGGUGUGGGCAAGACAAGAGUCGUGAGAAUGCAUAUUCAGUCCAGAUACUAUUGCCCCAUUACAGCCGAGGAAUCUAAGACACAGAACCCAAAGAACAUGAUUUCAAUGUACUUGCAGAGGUGCUUCGGCCGCACUUGGCUUGGCAAGCUUUCAACCCAAGCUCACCCAUGGCGCAUGAUCCUGCAUCAACCUCUUGAAAUGUAAGGUCGGCCUUGCCUUCCAGCCAGCUUGCCUGCGGCCCGGAAAUGUGCAAAGGCAAUUCAUUCCGAGCACAUGUCUCCUUGUGCUUUGGGCUGCACACGUUCCAACACUCCGGGAUCGCCAAAUCGCAAUGUGAUGGACGACUUCUAGAAUCCAACAGCAUCUAGCUGUGGGCGGCCAACUCAUGCACCUCGAAGGCUUGACAAAACCAAUGGGCACACAAGCAUCAGCGCGAGCGUUCAUACGACAAACCGCCGGCAAGAAAUUCGCGUUUCAUGCUGCGCAUAGGGCACAUUGUGCUCAAGAAGCAAGGCUUGAUGGCAGGCUGCGCACGCUGUUGAAUAAUGCGCGCGCUACCUCAGCACCAGGCAGCUGGCUUUCGCAGUGUUCGACACGGGUUGGUUGCCAUUCCUGUCCCCUUUUGCUUUGGGUCCCACACACUUCAACACCUCGGGAUCGCCAAAUCGCAAUGUGAUGUACGACUGCUAGAAACCAAAUGCAUCUAGCUUUGGGCGGCCAGCUCACUCACUUUGACGGCUCGCUGCAGCGGGCAAGAAAGUCAAAAGUGAGAUAACCGAAGGUCACACAAGGAUCAGUGCGAGAAUUGCUCUGACAAACCGCCAGCAAGAAACUCUUGCUUCCUGCUGUGCAUUGGGCACAUUGUGCUCCAGAAGCAAAGCUUGAUGGCGGGCGUGUGCGUACGCUGUGGAUUCAUGCUACCUCACGCACCUUUCGAAUAGCGUCUUUCUUGCUGAAGAAUUGGCAAGUUGCACCAGCGGCCCGGACGCAAAUGCAAUUUGAAGGAGGUCUGGGCAUUGUGUGAAAGGCCAAAUGUGCCACGGACCUUCCUGGAAAGAUGUACCACCGCCAGCAUGGCAACCAGCGCGUGUCGAAUCUGGCAAAACACAACCGACUCUUGCAUUGCUUCGUCUUGGCCAUUCAUGGCACGUGCCACUUCGGCACAUACAACUCAGUUGGUAGCGCCUAGAUGUUCACUCGAAUGAACUCGCAACACGACCCUUCGGAUGUCUCCGGCCCAUGGCUUUGGCGAGACAAGUGCCCCCUGGAUUACCCACAUACCAUUGUAACCGGGUAGUAGCACUAGCAGUGCUACAGCAAUGCUAGGGCGUUGCCAAGCCUUGGUCCUUUUUCGCGGUGAAGUAAACAUGCCCCACCGCAUGGCUUGGAUAAAACUGGUCACAGGCAGGCCUUGACACAAUCUUCAACAGCUGCUCAAGGUUCACUCGACCAGUCCAACAUGCAGAAGCGAAGCACUGUCCGGAUAUCCGCCCGUUCCCAGAAUGGCAAACCCUAUCUUGGAACGUCUCAUCGUACCGAGAGAUCCAGUACAGCUCUCUGGCCAAAGCAGCAAGGGGUGCCGAGCCACGGCAUUCGAUGUUCUGAGAGAGCUCGAUGCACAUCUGGCAUAUCUGUGAUACAAAAGGCAUGGCAGUGAAGCUACAAAGGUUGCACAGGUCCACCGCCGUCGCCGCGCAGGCUCACAGCCCUACUCCAUGCAUGCGUGACAUGCAAGUCAGGCCCCCGGUUUCAGACAGGACUCUUCACGCACUCUGCACUGCAACGGUGGUCACUCUGCGAAAGGACUCUGGACUCCGUGGGCUCCGUGCCGGUGCGCCGCGCAGGUGCGGUGACGGCACGAGAUCUCAAGGCAGGACUUCCGAGCUGCCAUACGCCUGGGCCAUGCUAGGCCUUUCCUUGCUUCACUCCUAAGAGAUGCAGAAGUCCGCAACGGAUCCUGCGAAGUUGAGAUGAGAUUGGCCAGCUUUGCACCGCUGAUUGGCCACGCGCAACGCAGCCCGAGGCGGGACGUAUCUUUUGACCUCUUCCUUUGCGAGCAUUUGGCCUGAACAGUUGCAGGCUUCCUUUCCACUGUCCAAAGGCGGUUUCAACCUCCCAGUGAACUCCUGUCAGCUGGAUCAGCUGGAGUGACAAACGAACUGCUGCCAUGUCAAGAUUCAGGUUUAAACCGUUUAAACCAGCACAGGCCACAAAUAUGACAAGUGCAGGUGAUGCAGGUGAUGUGAUGUCGGCACGGCGACGCCCACAUGUCGCCUAAGGCCAGCCGAGUGUCGCAUCUUGAACUUGGGUUUGGCAGCUGACCUUGUCGUCGAGUGAAGAUUCAGAAGUUCCAAGAUCCUGCUCAUGUGUUCACCGAUCUUCACCGCCCAUCUUUGAGAUGCACGUCAAAUUGGCUGACGGUGCUUUUCUCCCCCGCCGAACGCCCCCCUGGCAAAAGGUGACCUGAAUUUUGCUACAGCUCAAAACGAGGUGCUCUGUUACACGUUCAGUCAACAGUGAGAAUCAUUCGCCUUCGAUCGUCGCGUCUUGUUGCUGAAUGUGCUGCAUAGACUAAAGCAUGAUUACCGGGGCAGCAGCACCUGACCACCUGCAUGUGUUGUUUUUGCGUACAAGGCGACACAGCUCUCGCUUUUGCGGAUGCACGUUGCCAUAACAGGCAUGCUGUGCUGUUGCCAGGUAUAUGCUGCGAGUCUGAUAUGUUGCGACCUUGCAAUUGGUACCACCAUCAACGGUGAAACCGCCAAACUCUUGGCUUCGGAGACUGCCAAAGGCAGAACGGCAUGUUGACAAGCUGCGUUUUGAGUGGCGCGGGGGCCAUACUACGGACUCAGCAAACUUGAAUCUGAGAACCUGCUUGAAGCAGCUGGCACCAAACACAGGCUGCCUGGAGAGCCUACUGCUUGUACACGUGGAGCCCAUAUCAACAAGCUCGCAAUUUAUCUACAACACGCAAUGCUGCCUCUUGGCGAGCACGGAUGGAGGACACACACCGGCAUGUCGCUAUGUCUGCUGGUGCCACUGGAUUGUCAACCAGUAACAAAACAUUCUUCUGCACAGUAUCCAAUAACCACAUCAUGCACACCAUUAAGUGAAAAAACACAUUGGUAUGG